AUGCACACCCAAAAAAUAAUGUCACGCGCAUUUUGUGCGCUGAACACGGUGGUGGCCAUAUCGACGAUACUCCUUUGUGGGUUUUCCGGCCAUUGGACGGUGCAGCCGGCCGACGCACUAAGGAUAUUAGCCGUGGAAUCGAUCGCGGGCAAGAGUCACUGGAAUUUCAUGAGAAACGUUCUCCGUGCGCUGACAGACAGCGGCCACGCCGUAACGGUGUUUACACCUUUCACGGACGGCGAUCGGGCGAAUUACACGGAAGUGGACAUGUCUAAAGUGAUCCCGAUUAAACUCAACAUGGACCUCACGGAGAUUUUCGAGAAAUUCACGACGAUCACGUCCAUCGUACCGUUCAGCGUUCAACUAAGCAGAAUGUUGUGCGACAUUAUAUUCGCGCACGACCGGAUGAAGGCGAUCCUACAACGGGACAACGGCACGGACGAAUUCGACGUGAUAAUCAUAGAGCCAUUAGGGUCGGAUUGCGUUUCGUACGUGGCCACCCGGUUAGACUUACCGAUGAUAUACGUAAUCCCGUCGCCAAUGAUCACGCAUCACGAGCGUGCUUUUCUGGGACACGUACCAAACCCGGCUACUAGGUCCCAUUUGUUAGCCGGGCACGCUGUUCCCGGGUCUUUCACGAAACGGUUCACCAACACAGUCAUGUUGGCAUAUACCAUGUUCUCGGUCGCGUACAACGACUGGUCACUCGGCCGCGCUAAUCCGAAACCGUACGAUGACAGGCUGUCCGUCCGACCGUCAGCAUUGUUUAUUAACAGCCAUUACAUAACCGAACCGCCGAGUCCCACGGCGCCGAACGUUGUGCACGUCGGUGGCUUGCAUCUGGAGCAACCCAAGGGUAUCCCGCACGUACGUAAAAGACACUCGGUGCAGCGCAGUCGCAUCAAAGAUCACCAGGCCAGGCCGAACGCAACCCCAGUCUAUAUCUAUAUACAAUGUGACAUGGAAAUGAUAGAUAAAUAAAUAAAUGAUAUCAAUUAUAGAUUCCAAUAUUAUUUGAAAAAUCGAGAUGGGACCCGAGUGUAGUCAGUGUUUGGCUAUAUUUUCGUAUGAUUUAGGGUUGGGGGUCGUAGAAUCAUUUUAAUUCAACCAUGAAACGUUAUUCGUGAUUCAUUUUUAAAUAAACUUACAAAAUCUGCAGUAGAAACCUCUUUUUGUAUUAAUAUUGGAUUAAUCAAUGAAAAAAAAAAAUUUAAGUAGGUAGGUAGUUUGGUAUAAAACAUAAUAAUAAACAAAUAAAACAAAGUUUUGUUAAAACACGCCGUGUUCGACACUAUUUUUGUAAUAAUUUUCAUCCCAUUUUAUUAAAUUUCUAAUUAAUGACAAUUUAACUAAACAUUUUAACUGUGUAGCUAUAAUGCCCAUUACCUUUAGACAAAAAGAAAUAUACGUAAUAGCUAUAUGUAUCUUUUUAGGAUAUAUUAGAAUUCAUCGAGGCAUCUCCGAAUGGAGUUAUUUACUUUACUUUUGGUUCAGUGGUGAAAAUGUCAACGCUGCCUGGUUAUAUGCAAAACGCGUUCAAAGAAGCGUUGGCUCAAGUUCCUCAAAGAGUUUUAUGGAAAUACGAAGGAGAAAUGGAGAACGUACCGAAAAACGUGAUGAUAAAAAAAUGGUUUCCUCAACGUGAUAUACUUUGUAAGAUUUUCAAGUCAAAUACUAUCUAUGCAUAUUAUUAAUUAUACAGGUCACUGUAAUUUCAGGUAUUGUUUUAAAUUAAGAAUUGCGAACCUUUUUAAUUUCAGUGCAUCCCAAAGUAAAAUUAUUCAUCAGUCAUGGAGGUAUCUCUGGAGUAUACGAAACCGUAGAUGCCGGUGUUCCAGUGCUCGGAUUUCCUUUGUUUUAUGAUCAGCACAGAAACAUUGCCAAUUUGGUUGACGCUGGAAUGGCGAUUUCUAUGGAAUUAUCGUCUGUAUCCAAAGACACGCUUUUAAAUGCAAUUUUAGAACUCGUCAAUAACGAAAAGUAUGAUAUUUAUUUAUUAAUAUUUAAACCUAAAAUGUAAAAACUAAUAAGCGUAUAUAUUUAUAUGUCUUUAAACGUUUUAGAUAUUUGAAAAACGCUAAAAUCACUUCUGAGCGAUUUCAGGACCGCCCGUUGUCACCGGAAAAAUCGAUUGUUUAUUGGACUGAAUACAUUCAUCGCCAUAAAGGAGCUCCACACUUGAAAUCACACGCUCUAACUCUGACGUGGUAUCAAUAUUAUCUUUUGGACGUAAUUGCUGCAAUAUUAGUUUGCAUUUUCAUAACAUUAUCCACGAUUUAUUUCAUUAUUAAAAUAAUUUUUAAAUUCGUUUUAUUAUAUUUACAAAAUGUUAAAUCGAAAUCUGAGUAGAUUAUAAUUAACGUUCAUCACGAGAGCUUUUUUUUUUUAAUUUAAAAAAUAAAACGAAUGAAAUCUAUCGAUGUUAUAAGUUAUGUUUUAUAAAUUUAG